UCAAGCCACCGGGUUUGUUGUCAUUUGAGAGGAAGCUUUUGUGCGUCGGUGAUCCUCGUUUCGAAUUUUGUCGGUGAAAAUGACGGUAGAGGCGAUGGAAGUAACUACAAAUGACAAGGAGAAAGAGAAGGAGAAGGAGACCGAGACAGAAAAGAAAGAUCCGGAUACAUUAUCGCUGGAAGAUUUAAAGGAGCAGAUACGCCUGGUUGAACGCAGCAUUGUGAGCAAAGAACCUAGGUUUGUCCUUCGUGUGCUGCGAGCACUCCCUGCUACAAGGAGGAAGCUUACCCCCAAUGUACUCCGCUCCCUUGUGGCUACUUACUAUGGGCGACCAGAGAACAAGCAGGAGAGGGAGUCCAUCCUCCAGUUCAUUGAAGAGCCUAUGGACACAGAGGCACCUCCACAAGCCAACUUGGGGCGUCAGCGUAGCCAGUUGGUGCUAGAGGUCGAUGUCUAUAUCCAUCUCUUGGUUCUACUGCGACUUCUGGAUACCAACAGCAAUUCAGAUGCUAUUAAGUGCUCAGAUCUGUUGAUGAACAAAGUGACAUCAGUAAACAGGCGCACCCUUGACUUGCUGGCUGCACGCUGUUAUUUUUAUCACUCACGAGCUUAUGAAGUUAACAGCAGACUGGAUGAAAUAAGAGGAUUUUUGCACCAGCGUCUGUGCCAGGCUACUCUCCGCAAGGACCAUGAAGGACAGGCUGUCCUUAUCAACUGUCUCCUGCGCAACUAUCUCCACUACUCCCUCUACGACCAGGCACAGAAGCUGAUUGUCAAGCUUGAGUUUCCUCAACAGGCCAACAAUAAUGAGGUAGCACGGUACCACUACUACAUGGGUCGCAUCAAGGGUAUCCAGUUGGAGUACUCAGAGGCUCACAAGCAUCUCAUUCAGGCUCUUCGCAAAGCUCCACAGCAGACAGCUGUAGGCUUCAGACAGUCCGUACAGAAGUUGGCAGUAGUAGUGGAACUCCUGCUUGGUGAUAUCCCAGAGAGACAGAUUUUCCGUCAGGCCAUCAUGCGCAAAGCUCUGGCUCCUUAUCUCCAGCUGACACAGGCUGUUAGGCUGGGUAAUUUAGUGCAUUUUACAAACACACUCAAUGAAUAUAAGUCUAAAGGGUAA